UUUUCUAUUAGAGCAGUGACUUUUUUUUUUUGUACGAGUACACAAGCAUUAGCGGUCCAUCACGUUUUCAGAAAUGGUUCAAAUGACCUGCAAUUGGGGGCCUGAAAGGCCCGGGGGGAGGAUUCUGUCUCACCUUCAGGGUAAUCCUACCCCCUGUGUUUCAGAGCCUUAAUCAGUACAGAAAUGUUUAAGGAAGCAUAUGACUUGCGUGUAUGAAUGUCCGCAGAACCGAACCUCUGACUCAGGUUUCUGGGGUGCUUUUUUUUUUUUUUCCUUCCUUGGACACCAUGGUCUGUUGCCCCAUCCUAGGCAAGUAACAUGCAUCAGUAUUACUUUUUGUAAUUGUGUUUAAUUAAAGUUGCCUACUUAAAUAUAGAAUGAGCUUUGUUUCUCCAGUCCCUGUCCUGUAACUAGGCCCUUGAAGCCAGUAUGUUAUGAGAAGAUUUCCCUUCAGACUUAGUGUUUGGGUACUCUUGGGUAGUGCAGAUUAGCACUUGGUUCUGUAGUCUUCUGUCAGACCAUGCUGAUCUGAUUCACCAGGGGUCGAUUAUCUUGUUUUCAUGUCCUGGUUAAUCUCUACUGCCUUACAUUUUGUGUACAAUCCUUUCUUGCUUUAUUUGAGGGCCUGUCUGGUUCUCUCCACUGGGAGAAGCUUGGUAUGUUCACCCAUGACACUGCAGUAUUGGAUUCUCUAAACUAGUGUUUCCCCACCUGGUUUGCAGGGACCCUGAGACAGUCCUUGUUUUUGCACCCUCCUUCCUCCCCAAAUCCCAGACUGGUUCUGAAUAUUGCAUGCUUUUUUCCCCGGUUGCCAUGUGCCUGCAACCCAGAAACCCAGGCAUGCAGGAGCCAUUUGUGGCAGAUGCCUUGGCGUGUUUGGCUUUAUGCCUCUUGAAGCUUGACCUCAGCAGUGAAGCAUGCGGGACAAACAAGUGCUGCAGUUCUAUAUUUACGAAAUGGUUCCUGUCAUUAAUAGGCAUCUUAGCAUUGCCUAUUCUGAAGGGAAAGUGUGUAGUUACUCAGCAUACUGUUCCUUUAUCUUCGAACCCUUGAUCUAUGCGGACAUGAUGCUUUUGUUCCUUAGUGAUGUUUAGACCCUUGUGCUGUUGUGUGCAUAUCUAGCUAUAUUCUGUUUGUGUCAAGUUGAUGUAACGAGAGGUUUGGUACAGGUCUGUGGUCAUGGUAGAAAUCAGCCGAGUGUUAAGGUAAUGGCUGGCGUUUGCUCAAGUCCAGGGCUUUCUGCCACUACAUUCGAGCUAUUUGCUCGGCCCAAAGCCUGCCUUUGAAACUGAAGAUGAUCCAACUAAUGGAUGGACGCCUGUGCUCUUAAGUAAUGGAGGGUAUGAUUUGCCUUUGACUGAACUGUUGUGUGGUGGUCUUGGGUGGGGUGUGCCAAUCUGCUGUGGUUGGUUGUAGUUCUACUUAAACUUGUUUGCUACCUCAGAACAAAUGGGGUUUAAAAAGCAUGAGAAGUUACUUGGCAAUAAAGUUUCAACGGUUAAUUUAGCCUGUGCACAGCCUGUGUUCCUUGGUACUUAAUUGACACGUUUUUCAAUGAAUAAAACAUUUUUUGGGUGGGGAGACUAGUGGAAUGGGACCUAUGAGUAAACAACUUCACCCAGGGAGUUCAUACAGCCCUGACAGCAGUUCUGUGACAAUGAUGGCUGAAUCAGCUGCUAAAUGUCUGGGCUGGCCUGUCUUCUGAGGCUGGCUGUACCCCUCUCUAUGCACAGUUAAUCUUUCUCUAGGUUUCCACCAGAUUUUAAAUUGUCUUAAUGCUCUGCAGUGCACUGGACAUGUGCUGGGAGUUGAUCUUGGAUCCACAGGCUCUGGUGGUAAGGUGAGUGGUGGUUGAGGGUAAAGCUGGAGAUGAAGCUUGUGUUCAGUGCAGCACCAUUCUGACCAAAUGUACAAUGGUGGCACCAGCUGUGUGAAGCUGGUAUUCUCUCUAAAUGGUGUUUAAUAGCUCAGCAUUUGUUGCCAUUUCCUGAAAUGCUCCCUCAGGCUGCAUUAUGCUCUGAUAGCAUGAGAACACGCUACCAAGGUUAGUGCCAACAGAGAGAGUGAGUCCACUUAGAGAAUGAGUCAUGCUGCCCUGGAGAGUGACUGGUCACCAUUUUGCAGUUGCCCUUCACUGCCAUAGCCGUACUACUGCUCUGCCAGCAUAGGCUGUGGUGUGCAGAAGCCAGAAUGAGAGAUGCUGGGUGGGGGAAAUCCCGCUGUGACUAUCCACAGCUAGACAUGCAGUGAUGUGCAUGGAUAUGGAGCUGAGGGGAGGUUAAAAUACGUUGGGUAAAUGUGUGCGUUGUAUCGUUCCAGGUUGCUUUCAGAAUUGUGACUUUUCUAAUGCAGAGCGGAAGUCGCACGCUGGUGGUCGCGGUCUCUGUGACGUCGCUCUUUUGGGCUUUCGGGCGUGUCUCGUAUGCGAAUAUCCACGGAAACGUCGACGUGUAGAACGCGGUGACGUUUGUGGCGUAUGCGUACGUCAUGCUGAGGAGAGCGGGGAGGGUAAAGCUAUACCAACCAUGUAAAGUUAGGCGAGUGGUACAUAGGCCAGUUUGCUUUCGAUUUCUGUUUAUAGAAAUAUAAACGGCAGGCAGCUUAUAGUAGGAUUUAAUUAAACACCUGAAUCAGACACCUAGAUAAGAUUGAUAAAGGAUUCACUUGCGUGUUACCGACCAACAAGCUACCAAAGAAAUUCACGUGGUCCCACUCGCUCGUCAGCGUUUCCUUUGUUGAUACAAAGCAAUUCAAAGCUCCCUUUGCUAACCAACCUCAUUAAUAUAUUCACUGUUAUCACUUUUAUCAAAGAUCUGAAACGGUGUCUUAAAAGAGAGAUUUGUAAUGACGCUGAUUGCUUGAGUGGCUAGUUUAUGAUAUCCUAGCAUCUGAAUUUAACGUUCUACCUUAACUUCUACUUUUAUGGUCUCGCUAUUUCUGUCUCGAACAGAUUUUGUAUAAAUAUCAUGCCACCAAUCCGUCCUGGCGUAAAUAAAUUAGAUAGCCUGACACAUAAAGAAUGUUUACUACACGAGUAACGAAAUAUCUGUUUUCCUAAUGUAGCUCGUGCGACAUCCCCUUUUUUGUUGUGGAUUAUGAGAAAUGAAAGCCCUUUCCUCUCUAAGUAGAUGCAUUAUUCCCUGUGCUAUAACCCUGCCUCUGUAAUUCACAGUCCUUAUUGGCCAAAGUUACAUGCUAAUUGCCCCGAGUUCUCAUUUGUCCGAAAAUGCCUAAUUAUCUAUAGAUGUAUUACCAUUUUAGCGGGACUCGUGGAAAACUGAGUCAGACCACCAAGUCAAUACAUUGACCCAAAGAAGUGCUUCAUCUUGUCAAGAAGGAAAACAAACAUUUCACAAGAUGCAUGAAUAAACAGGUGACACGAUGGCAUUUCAGGACGUAAUCAACGUGGAAGGCUGUGGCUCUAUUCCUGACGGCCAGCCUGCUGAAUCUCAAUCCAUUCUUUCUUGAUCAGUCACCUGACCUGGGUCAAAGACCUUCAAAAAUACAAUCGGCCAAUCACAGUACAGGGAGCUGCAGACUCCACCCACUGUCAGCUUGGACAGUUGUGAGGGUGGAGUGUUGGAUAAAUAUCAGCUUCGGCUCUCUGUCAGCCAGUGCUGGGCUCAUGUGGCUAUCAUUCACCUCAGGUGACUCUUCCCAAGCUGAUUAAGAAGACAAAAGACGGCGACAGGAACAGGAAGAUGGCCGGAGACUGUAGCCACACACAAUGUUCUCCGUGGUCCCAGCCAGAGAGGAGGAGGGUCAGGGAGCGCUUCCGGGCCGCCCUGGCUGGCCUCCUUGAGCUGGAGGUUCUGAGAUCCAAACACAAGAAGAUGGUGGAGGCCAUACUGAAGGACGGCAGCCCAGAUCCCCAAAGCUCAGAAAAAAGGUUCCACCUUCAGCCACCAGGUGGUGCCUUCUUAGGGAAAGAUGGCUUCCGGGUGCCUGGUGGCAGCGGUGGGCUCGGGUUUGCACGCAGCCUCUCCCAGGACGACAUUGGUCACCUCCAGACAGCCAGACAGCCCAGGACACAGCUCAGUCGCUCUACGGAAAACCUGCUGCUUCAUUACAGCCACAUUGACAACGGUGUCUUCCACCUGGCACUGGCUGACUCUGGCUCACGGGCCAGCUCCGGCUUCUAUGAGGAUUACGAGGACAGCCAGGUCUGCGUUGGGGUGUCCACCCUGUCCGGGUCACGUGCCUCUUUGGUGGGAUCUGGUGUUGUGACAUCCCCCGAACUGGACACAGAGGCUAUCCCCUCUUGGAGGCUCCAGUGUGUCGCCAGCCUCUGCCCUGAGUCGCACUGGCAGGAUGUACGCCACAUGCUGCAGCCACAGCUGCUUCUAGAGCCCAGGUACAGAGUGGACCUGAGGACAGGCCGGAGUAAUGAGGUAUACCGGUACCCCAGCCCGCUGCAUGCAGUCGCCCUUCAGAGCCCCCUCUAUGGCCUGGACUUCAGCCAGACCACACCGGAUCAGGAGGAUCAUCCCGGACGCAACAUGAAAUAUCUCUCUCUGCCGACCUGUUUGUCCACCCCCCUCAAAACCACUGGUCAGACCUCGAGUGCGGUCUCGGAUCAGCGUCGCUUACAAGAACUGAUCCUUAGUCGGGCUUGGGGAUAUCAUCGUCGAGACUCCACUGCCACCUUGAGGAAUUGCAAGAAGUCCAUUUCACUACUGCCUGGCCUGGCCAUGCCUACACUUGCAGGUUUUGCCUGCAGGAGAGCUGAUAUGGGCCAGUCUUGGAGCAUUCAUUCUGAAGGUCAGGCAGGCCCUUGGAGACUUCCUUACAAGGUCUUCUCCAGGGUCUCCAGCAGACGGGUGGGCCCUUCCGAACACACGAAUGGGGAGUUCCGCAGGAAAGUGGGCACUCUGACCACGUUGAAGGGGAGGUGCGCGUCGCUCUCGGACUUUUCCUGUCUUGGCGUUCAGGGCACUCAGCUAUGGCAGUCGUGGAGGGACACAAGGCGGGAGCCGCGUCGUUAUGGUCAGGCUUUCACCUGCGAUUCUUUACCCCCUGGGCUCUGUGGAUCAGAUAUAUUACGUGUUUUGAGUAAGAGAAACACGUCUGUGAGCUACGACCCGUAAAAGAUAUUAACAAUUCUGCGAAGAACAGAGCUGGGUAUGAAAUUAUCGCGUAGUUUUAAGAAGGGUAGCUAUUUCUAUAUUUUUGAGCUGUCGUUACCGGUCAAUUUUGUACUUUUCUCAUGAAUAACGACGGGGCGCGGAACUAACUAUAAUACAAAACUACACAUUCUAGGUAAUAAAGUCAAUAUCUUAAUUUAGUAAAGUAAGUGUGAUUUAUGCAGCUAAUGUGUGUCGUUCUCAAUAAUCACCGCCCGUUAGUGUUGAAUUUUUUGUCUUAAAACUACGUGGAAACAACACUUCACUUACACCCAUUUGCAAGCGCUGUUGUAUUGUUUUGACAUAGUGUUUGCUUUAUUUAUUUCGGUAAUGUAUAAAGCAAAUAAAGGAAAAUGCUUCUGAAACAUACCGUCCGACUGACCAUUAUGUACACAUUAGUUUGUAUCCCGUGUUCAGGUUUACU